GGCUAGGUGGGUCCUAGGGUCCUUGUGGAGACCAAUGGCGAUAACGCAAACAGAUGCCCUGCCUAGCAAAAGUGGGAAAGGGACCAGACCGGGCUGUUUACGAAGUAAGACAAGGAUGGAAAUACAGCAACAAAAAGAAAGAGAAAAAUGCGGAAGGCGUUUCUGUACUGCCUAUUCUCAGAGAGCUGGGCUGCAUGUUUGUGCGCCUCGCUCACUCCCUACGAUGCUUUUACCGGUCAAAAGAGCGAAGCGAUAUUACGUACCAUUCCAGGCCGACUUGGGAAACAAAACAGCAACAAGAUGACACUGACACCGGACUCGUCGCACGUUUGGACCCAAAAGCUUAUUCCAGCAUCUUGCUCCUUCGAUUUUGAUUUGCUCUACCACCUACUAGGUAAUAACGUACAGUACUGACUACAUGCUACCUUCAUACUUCUAAUUACCUCUCUACUACCUAUCCCUGUCUUUGGAUAACGCAGACAGCCCCGACGCCAAGACUCCGUCUUGAAUGUACGGAAAAAGGAUCUGUUCUUUUUUCGGCCUUUUUGCUGGGCAAACAGUCAGCAAACCUGGAGAUGCCUGCGCCCUCCCCUUGCUCGCCUCCAUUUUAGGCUUCCCUCCCUUCAUUCCUCACCCACCUGUCAAGCCACCCUUUGCGCAGCAUUUUCUUUUCCGCGGCGGGCAGCACCAAAAGUGCGGCUGAUCCUUUUUUCGCUUGUCGUCUAUAUGAUGAGCGCCCUGUCAAUCUAACUGCGGAGCAAAUGUUUCUUAUUCUUCCGCUUUUCCCUUGCAUGCACAAACUAGACAUUUUUUGAUUGAAUUCUCUUUGUGUUUCCCAUCUCACCUCUGCGUCAGCCCAGUUAAAAUAAAGUCUCGCUUACUCCAUUUUCCAUAUGAGGAUAACCUGUCCCCCGCCGUUUAUUCUGCACCACAGCACCGCAGCCAGAAGCAUUCCUUUCCUUCCUCCCCUGUUCACUUUGGUGCUAGUCUAGCAAUCUUGACAGCUUUACAGUAUCAUCACCAGUCGCAAUCCUUCUCACCAUCUUCAUUCUCUUGCGACAAAAAGUAUAGCAAUAAUAUACCGUCUGGCUUUAACUAGCUCGCUCGGCCCGGGCCCCUAAGUUCGGAUUGAAACAUAGGGCCCAACCUAAUCAGUUAGUUAGGUACCUUGCCUGCCUAAGCCGUCGAUAUCUACCUUACCCACCUUGAGGUACUCGCGAGACUUUGUACUGUGAAGAACCCACACAAGCUUCGGCUUCAGUUUUCUAGGCGGUUCCUCGCAGCACGUCUCCUUCGUCGCGCUCUCACUUGGUUUUCUUCGAUCAAUCCCACCCAGAAUAAAGAACAAAAAUAAGGGGUCGAAUUCCUAGGAGACGCACCUUUUUCUGCUUGGCUAGCUCCGACAAAGACAUCGACAAAAGCUCACCAACAUGUCGGCGUCGGGUUUGGAAAAAGCCACCGGGGGCGGUCUCCAUCCCGCGCUUUACAUCGCAAGCUGGAUCUUUUUCUCCAACAGCACCAUCUUGUUUAACAAGUGGAUCUUGGAUAACAAGGACACACCCUUCAAAUACCCCGUCAUCCUAACAUGUUGGCACAUGAUCUUCUCCACCGUGGCGACGCAGGUCCUUGCUCGCACCACGACCAUGCUCGAUGGGCGUAAGGAGGUGAAAAUGACUGGCCGCGUUUACUUGCGCUCCGUAGUCCCCAUCGGCCUGCUCUACUCGGGCUCCCUCGUCUGCUCCAACAUGGUCUACAUGUAUCUGUCCGUGUCUUUUAUUCAGAUGCUCAAGGCCGCCGCCCCUGUUGCCGUCCUUCUCUGCUCCUGGGCGUGGCGCCUGAAGGAGCCCUCGGCCAAGACUUUCGCCAACGUCUGCGUCAUCGUCUUGGGUGUCAUGAUUGCGAGCUUGGGCGAGAUCUCCUUCAGCUGGAUGGGCGUCUUCUAUCAGCUGGGUGGUAUCAUAUUCGAGGCCCUGAGGUUGACCAUGAUCGAGGUCAUGCUGGCCGGCGACUCGGAACAGAAGAAGAUGGACCCGCUGGUCUCUCUCUACUACUACGCCCCCGUCUGCGCCGUCACCAAUGUCUUUGUAGCUCUCAUCGUUGAGGCCAGGACCUUCCAAGUUGAGGACCUGAUCAGUGUGGGUAUCGUCAUGCUCGUACUCAACGCCUUGGUGGCCUUCAUGCUCAAUGUUGCGAGCGUCAUGCUGAUCGGCAAGACGUCAUCCCUCGUCCUCACCUUGUCUGGUAUCCUCAAGAACAUCCUCCUCAUCGUGGUUGCCGUUCUGUUCUAUGCCGAGAAGGUCUCCCUCAUGCAGUUUGUCGGUUACUCAAUUGCUCUCGGCGCUCUGACCUACUACAGCCUCGGAUGGGACGUCAUCAAGUCCCGCUCCGUCGCCGCCGCUGACUGGACGCGCGCAAUGUUCAGCUCCUCUGGGGAUGCGGGUUUGUCUCCUGCCGUUCGCCGCGCCCUCAUUCUGGGCGUUGUCAUGCUCCUCCUCGUGCUCGUGACAUUUGGAAUGUUCUACGAUGGCACCUACAGUCUGAAGGAAACUAUAGUUGGUCGUCGAUAGUACUCAGUCCUAGAUCACUGCAAAUCUCACGUCAAGCGGGAACGCAAUGAGGCUUGUUGUGACGGAGAAGGAAAAUUGCGAUGGCAGAUGCAGCAGGCAAUGACACGAAUAUAAUAGAACGAGGGGAUUUGAUUUUUGUAGUUGGGCGUUUUAGGGGGUUAAAGACAAAUGGAUUUGGGAUUAUUCUACUUUUUCUUAAUAAAAAAGAGUACUUAUUUAGUUAUGAAAAAGAAAAUCAUUGAGCAAGG